UUAGAGUUGCGUCCCUUUGAAAAGAGGUUUGACAUUGUCGUGACAAAUUAUCACGAAAAUGUCGCUUGUUGCGUACAAUUCCAGUGACGAAAGUGGUGGCAGCGAUGCAGAAGAUGAUGUUCAAAUGAACAAUGUCAAAAAUGAUAAGUCUGUCGCACCAACAGAUGACAAUAUUAGCGACGAGGAAGACUACGUCCCAGCGAGUACAACAGGCCAAGCACCUGCAACAGCUGGGACAGUGGACAUUGACGACACUGUUACCAGCUUACUGAAAGGUUUGCCUGCACCGAAGGUUGGGGGAGAGGAUGGUGUCCAAGAAGAUGAGCUGGAGGAAGAGGUCAAACCCAAAAGUACCCAGAUAUCUGAUGCCCCCAAACCUCCAAAGAAAGCCAAGAUGCCUGUCAAAAUCAGCAUUCCUAAACUUGAUAAUGAUUCGGAUGAAGAGGAACCGGUUUCAAAGAAAGCAAAAACCACUGACACAAAGGGAAAAGUUGGUCUGUUUGCCUUGCUGCCUGCUCCAGUUCAUGUGGCCAAGAAAGAAUCCAACCGAAUCCUCAUCCCCCACACCCUCACCAAGAGGCCGCAGAAACCAUCGCCAAAGCCCCCACCUGCAAAACCCAAACCCAAGGUGGAGCAGGAGGCUGAUGAAUCGGGUUUCUCAAAGCGGUAUACUGCCUUCAGUGGUUUAACGGGCUAUGAUUCUGACAGUGAUGAUGAAACAACAGUGAAAUCAAACUUCUUCUCAUUAGAUUCUGAAACUGUUAAACAGAAUUCUUCAGAAGUGAUAGCAAAUCCAGACAUUGAGGAACCUGUUUCAAAUCCCAAACCACUUUUGAGUGACAGUGUCGUGAAGGUGUCUCCUAAACAGGAGAGUUCCUCAAGAACAGUAACUGUGAAGGCAGUGGAUGAGUCAGUGCUACCAGUAGUGGUGAGUCAUAUCCCUCAAACAGAGACAGGUAGUGACAGUGUGUCAUCGGACGCUGUAGGUCAGUCUGUAGAUCAGGAUGCUCCCUUGGCGUUCAGGCCGACUGUGCCUCAACAGAAUCUUCUCUCUGCUGCAUCCAUGGGGACUCGCUACCAGUACAUGCAUACCGCCGGGACUGCACCACAGGAGCAGCAGUCAUACCCUGCAUACUCUUCAUACCCUCAGUACUUGGAACCUGCAGGGCAAUACGAGGGGGAAGACAUGGCACCCCAGCAGGAGGACUUCAGCCAGUACAUGCAAGAUGAGCAGUUCCUCCGACUCCAAGGCAAGAAGCAUCGUGGGAAGGAGGAGAUUAACAUCAUCGAUGCCAACAUGGAUGACUUCGUCAGCUCUGUUGAUGUUGCCAAGAACCUGACGGAAGAGUCUUCGUAUCAGUCGCACAAGAAGGACAACAACCCCACCCAGCAACAGCGCCGCAAGAAGCAGAUCACCUACCUGGCCUUCCAGGCCAAAGAGAGAGAGUUGGAGCUGAAGAACUCGUGGGCCCAGAGUCGGAUGACCAAGCGACAGACACAGGCCAAAUAUGGCUUCUGAGAGGAGACUGGCCUACUUCUAUGCAUCACCUGGCACGGUGCCAUAGAUACCUGUAAAUAAGUCCCCACGUGAACCCCUCGGCACACAACACCUGGUAUAUUAGUAUACCUGUGAAGCUAUAGAUCCUGCUCAUGUAAAUGUUAGAUCAAAUUGUAAAUAAAUACAAUGAAAUUA